AUGGACUCAACAGGGUUAAAACGGAAAGACACGACAAAGGGUCCGCCGUUGCGGAUUCUGUCGCUAGAUGGCGGGGGCGUGCGCGGCUACUCCAUGUUCCUCAUCCUCCAAGAACUCAUGCACCGCACCUUUGUCGAGAUGGAGGGGCGCGCCCCAAGACGUUCCGAAAUUCCCAAGCCCUGCGACCACUUCGACCUAAUCGUCGGCACCGGUACUGGUGGGCUCAUCGCUAUUAUGCUGGGCCGCCUGCGCCUCGACAUCGAGACCUGCAAGGAACUCUACGUGCGCAUGACGCGGAUGGUAUUCGAGACCGACAAGACCAUUGUGGGAAUUCCUUAUCGAUCGACGCUGUUCAAGGCGACCAAGCUGGAGGAAGCCAUCAAGGAGUGUGUGAGGGAACAUACGGUCUAUGAGAAGGAGGGGAACGAUGGGUCGGAGGCUGGGAGCAUAAACAAUCCGAUGAGCCCGGCUUCGCGGUCAAGCGCGGGGUAUCCCAAGAGGCAUACAAGCAAUGCAAGCGUGUUGAGCUUCAGUGCGCGAAGCCCAACUGCGCAACACGCCCGACCGGUAUUCUCCCGCGGAGGAAGCCCGAAUGCUCGCUUGUAUGACGAGCGCGAGGCGCGGACUAAGACUGCGGUUACCGCGGUGUACAAAGGCUCGGCGAAAGGCGCCGCACCCGCCAUGCUACGCUCCUACGACUCGCGGCGCGAGCCCGCCCCCGAGUUCGACUGCACUAUUUGGGAGGCUGGGCGGGCAACAUGUUCCAUCGGCCUUGCAUUCAAACCGAUCCAGAUCGGGCAGUCGGUGUUCCAUGACGACGGUGCCGGCAACUUUAACCCAUCCCCCACAGUACUCGACGAGGCGGUCGUCAACGAAUGGCCUGGUCGGGAGGUCGGCGUGUUCAUCAGUGUCGGAACCGGCAAGCGGCCAAAGGGGAGCGACGCCAACUCGUCGAUGUGGUACGAAGGGUUCUUGGGCGAGUUUGCCGAAGCACGGCGGAAGCUGAUCGCCAAGAUCGAGGGUUGUGAGAAGGUCCACGAGUUCAUGGAGCGCGAGCACCUGGCGAAACGCGGGGUCAACAUCGAGAAUUAUUACCGGUGGAAUGUCGAGGUUGGCGUCGGCGAAUUUGGCAUGAAUGAGUGGAACCGCCUGGCCGAUAUCAGCACCAACACCCGGCGCUACCUUGCCCGGGACGAAGAGCAAAGAAUGGUUCAGGGCGCGUCGGCGAAGCUAGCCAAGAUCCAUUUCGCCAAGCAGCGUUGGGAGCGUCUUAGUCUGUCACAUCCGGACCUAGCCGCGCAGACGGUUCCCGAGAUUUCGCUACCCCUUGCUGUCGAACUACCCGGGGAUAUCCCCACCAGCCCGCAAGUCCACACCCCGUCCAGCCGGCCAUCGUACGAAUCGGGGAACGACACUCUACCUGUGCGUGCCACCACGCCCUCGCCCAGGAGCUCUGGCGAGCCCCCACGGCAGUCGCCUAAGCCGAAUCAGCUGCCAUUUCCCGCUGGACCACACCCCACGGGACACCACCACCACAGCCCAGCAACUUCGGUUUCAACAGGUCAAGCCCCACCAGGUAGUCGCCCAACGACUGGCAACAGCAGUGCGGCUGACGACUCCGAUCGCCUCGUCGUCAACGCGCCCACCCCGUCACAAUACCGCCUCGCCGCGGGGACGGACAAGAUUGCGAUACAGAGCGCCGAUGAGCACCCCAGGCGCUACGACGCCAGCCACAACUCCCCAAUGCAGCCAGCGCCACUGCGGACAGGGAGGUCACCCUCGGUCCCGCCACCAUUACCACCCAAGACACCCUUGUCAACAAACAGGACAGGAGGGCCUGGGCGGUCGUCGGCGCCGGUACUGCCAUACCCACUAGAUGAUGACGCGCCGCCGGCAGUAAACAUGGCGCGGAAGCCAAAUUAUAAGGCAUAG